AUGGACAACAACGUCUUAAACUUGAGCAACGAGUCAGGAUUUCAAACGGAUUGGAAAACCAUCUACCACCGUGAUGCGCUACUGUGGGCAUCUCAUGAAUACGAAACCGACGCCAUAAUGAAGCCUCUGGUGGAAUUGGUGCUUUAUCUCACGAGAGAGUUUAAACUUUCACCCGCCAUCGAAUUUACCACAAUCGACACGUUGGAGAUGCUCCUGGUGCGUGCCUUCCAAGGUUGGACGAAGUCAUCCCAGACAGGUCCGGAGUCGUUGGAACACCAAAAGCGUAUCUUUCUGCGACAACUGCCGAUGUACGUGGUGGCGGUGGUUGACAUUGUAGCCAAGUACAUAAACAUAGGAACGAAGCUGGAUUUGGUGGGUCUUAAGCGAGCGGUCAAAGUGAGCGAUUCCAGCGCAAACAUUUUGACUGUAGAGUUUGAGGUGAUUAAGAUAUUGGAUAGUGAGCUACGAUCAUCACUUUUGUUGGGAGCAUUUGAACGAUUUUCGAAGGAGUAUCUUUUACCACUAAAUGUUGCUAGUCAUGAAACUGUUGGAAAUAUUGGCAUAAGACUAUUGCGUUUAGUGAUCGCCGAACGAGAACACAUCUAUCACAGCUUAAAAACAUCGAUUAAGGACAAUGAAUGCUUUCGACGCUUCAAAUCGAACAAACUCAUUCUGGCCGGUGCGAUCAUCAUCACCAUACUCUACCUAAUACCCGCCACGAGACACAGCAAGGCGAUCCUGAACAAAGUCAUCGAACCACUCGCUUAUGACUGUUGCGUACAGUCAACGAAUCUGCUCUAUCUCCGGGAUGCAGUGCUGCGUGUCAUUGGCGGCGGUGGCCGUUGAUGCAAACCGAUCGACAUCUCCAUUGGCAGGUGGUGUCGUUGGCCGCCAUCCGUGCAUAAGCUGCACUCGCAUUCGAUGUAAAUUAAAUCAAUGCAACAGAU